CUCGCGUAAGCUUUCUGGUCAAUUCUGCUGCUAGUGUUCAUUGCUGCAAGUGAAAUGGCAGACAGAGUUGCUCAGCUGGAAGAAACAGGUGUUGCAUCCUCACGCUCCACGAUCGUCGAACGAGAUUUGGAAGCUAACAGAAAGUCGACCAAGGAUGGGAAAGACCUAUUCUGCGAUGGUGAGGGGGAAUCUGCCAUUCCUGACGACAAGCGGAUAGAGGCUCUGGAACGGCUUGAUCACGACUGGCAGCACGACCUGGAUAAUCCAAGGAACUGGCCGUUUUGGAAGAAAUGGCGAAUGGCCGGAGUAGUCUCUUUCUACACUUUUGUUAGCCCGAUUUCCAGUAGUAUGAUGGCACCGGCACUCCCAAACAUUCAAAAACAUUACGACAUCACGAGUACCACGAUUUUAAAUAUGAUAUUAACUAUAUUCCUGCUUGCCUAUGCAACUGGACCUUUGGUUUUAAGCCCUUUGAGUGAGCUAACUGGUCGCAGAUGGGUACUGCAUUUUUCCAACAUAUUUUUCCUCAUCUUCAACCUUGCCUGCGCAUUCGCUCCAAAUGUGCCUACCUUGAUCAUCUUCCGAUUUUUGGCUGGGCUUGGUGGAAGUGCACCGAUUGCAAUUGGUGCCGGAGUGAUUGGUGAUCUCUUUUCAGAACGGGAUCGCGCUACUGCCAUGUCUAUCUUCACUCUGGGACCCUUACUAGGUCCUUCGGUUGGACCUGUCGCUGGCGGAUUUAUUGCUCAAACAAUUGGGUUCAGAUGGAUCUUCAUCGUCAUAGCCGUCGCAGCGGCUGUUGGUGGUUUCUUUGGUAUCCUUUUCCUGGAAGAGACGUAUGCUCCUCUAAUUCAAAUAAAGCGUGCUCAGAAGCAAGUUAAGCUUUCGGGAGAGAAAACCCUCGAGCAUGACGUGUUGCUUGACCAACAUAAGGACUUUGCUCGCGUCAUGUGGGUUAACAUGACCAGGCCAUUCGCUUUGUUGUUCGGGAGUUUCAUUUGUUUCAUUCUCAGUUUAUAUAUGGGCUUGGUUUACGGAUAUUAUUAUCUUAUGUUUGCGACAUUCCCGGACUUAUUCCCUCAAAAUUAUGGCUUCAGCACUGGUCUUGCUGGACUUGCUUAUUUAGGACCAGGAGUUGGUUUCUGUCUUUCGACAUUUUAUGGCGCCUAUGUGGCAGAUGGGAUUUACCGAAGGCUGUCAGAAAAGAACGGAGGCGUGGGAAAACCAGAGAUGAGGAUUCCCGCUUUGAUAUUAACGAGUGUUUUCGUUCCCGUCGGCCUUUUCUGGUACGGUUGGUCAGCACAAGCAAAGGCACACUGGAUAUUACCAAUUAUCGGUGCCGGCGUUUUCGGGUUCGCCAUGAUGGGCACAUUCCUCCCCAUUCAACUGUACCUCGUCGAUUCAUUCCGCUACGCUGCGUCCGCUAUGGCGGCUGCAACCGUUCUCAGAUCAGUCAUGGGCUUUGCUUUCCCGUUAUUUGGCCAGCAAAUGUUUGAUGCCCUCGGUCUUGGUCCUGGAUAUUCCCUCUUAGCUGGUCUCGCAAUUAUUACUGGCAUACCCUUCCCGAUUUGGAUUUACUACUAUGGAGAGAAGAUUCGUUUGCGCAGUAAUCUCAACCGGUGAAGAAAAAGAUGAAAAAAUUCCUUGGAUUGAUUUUGGAUCGGAUUUGGACUGGGUCCGUCACAUGGAAAUACAAACGGAGUCGUAGUUAUGCUCUAUUUACGUCCUUUCCUUCUACAUAGACAGUAGUAGUUUACGGCUACAAUGACAUUUUAAUGACUCAC